GGGAGUCCCCGCACGACUCGCUCCGGGCCCCGGGAGCGGCCAGCCCCGGCCCGGGCCCCGGCCCCGGCCCCGGCUCCGGCCCCGGCCCCGGUAUGGAUGGCCCCGGGGCUAAUGCUGUGGUCGUCCGCAUCGGCAUCCCGGACCUGCAGCAGACGAAAUGUCUGCGCCUGAACCCUGACGCGCCCGUGUGGGUGUCGAAGCAGCGGGUGCUCUGCGCCCUCAACCACAGUCUGCAAGAUGUGCUCAACUACGGCCUCUUCCAGCCCCCCUCCCAGGGCCGGGCCGGCAAGUUCCUGGACGAGGAACGCCUGCUGCGAGAUUACCCGCCCAACACGGACACGCCCCUGCCCUACCUGGAGUUCCGCUACAAACGCAGGGUUUACACCCAGAGCCUACUGGACGAUAAGCAGUUUGCGAAGUUACACACCAAGGCGAACCUUAAGAAAUUCAUGGAGCAUGUCCAGCUCCACAGCACUGACAAGGUGGCCCGGCUUCUGGACAAGGGGCUGGACCCCAACUUCCAUGAUCCUGACACGGGAGAGUGCCCCCUGACCCUGGCUGCCCAGAUGGAUAAUGCCAGCGAUUUACUAAAGGUCUUGAGGAAUGGUGGGGCUCAUCUGGACUUCCGCACCCGGGAAGGGCUGACAGCCUUGCACAUCGCCACGCGCUGCCGGAACCCCGGCGCCCUGACGACCCUGCUGGACCUUGGGGCAUCCCCAGACUACAAGGACAGCCGUGGCCUGACCCCCCUAUACCAUAGCGCCCUGGGGGGUGGGGACCCCCUCUGCUGUGAGCUUCUGCUCCAUGACCAUGCACAGAUUGGAACAGCUGACGAGAAUGGCUGGCAGGAGAUCCAUCAGGCUUGUCGCUUUGGACAUGUCCAACACCUAGAACACUUGCUAUUUUAUGGGGCUGACAUGAGGGCCCAGAAUGCAUCAGGAAACACAGCCCUGCAUAUCUGUGCCCUGUACAACCAGGAGAGCUGUGCCCGGGUUCUCCUCUUCCGGGGAGCCAAUAAGGAUGUACGGAAUUUUAACAGCCAAACAGCCUUUCAGGUGGCCAUCAUUGCUGGAAACUUUGAACUUGCUGAGGUCAUCAAAACUCAUAAGGAUUCCGAUGUUGUGCCAUUCCGGGAGACUCCCAGCUACACGAAGCGGCGACGCCUGGCGGGUCCCAGUGGCCUGGCCUCUCCGAGACCACUGCAGCGCUCAGCCAGUGAUAAUGAUCUGAAGGCUGAAGCUCGGUCUGGUCCCUCUCCCGGACCCUCGCUCAGAAGCCUCCCUCACCAGUUACUGCUUCAGAUGCAAGAAGCAGGCAUGGGGCCUGUGGCGGGGAUCCGAGGACCCCAAAGUCGGUCCCCAUCCCUUCAGCGUCUGCAGGAGGAUAAGGAGAGGGACAAGGAUCCCAGUGGUCACACCUUGGUCAGAGGAGGCCGAAGUAAGAGCAGCCCGAGCGGCCCCGGCGGCGGCCCCGGAGGAGGAGGAGGAGGAGGCGGCCCCGGCGGCGGCGGCGGCCCGGGAGCCCUGGGCCCCGCUGCGGCCACCAGCCCUGCGCCCGCGCCCGCACCCUCGCCCGCGCCGCCCCGGGGCCCUAAGCGCAAACUUUACAGCGCGGUCCCCGGCCGCAAGUUCAUCGUGGUGAAUGCGCACAGCCCGCGGGGCGAGGGCGAGAUCCCGCUGCACCGCGGCGAGGCGGUCAAGGUGCUCAGCAUCGGGGAGGGCGGUUUCUGGGAGGGAACAGUGAAAGGCCGCACGGGCUGGUUCCCAGCUGACUGCGUGGAGGAGGUCCAGAUGCGCCAAUAUGACACACGGCACGAAACACGGGAGGACCGAACCAAGCGCCUUUUCCGACAUUAUACUGUGGGCUCUUAUGACAGUCUCACCUCACACAGUGACUACAUCAUUGAGGAUAAGGUGGCUGUCCUGCAGAAGCGAGAGCAGGAGGGUUUUGGCUUCGUCCUCCGGGGAGCCAAAGCAGAGACCCCCAUAGAAGAAUUCACCCCCACUCCAGCCUUCCCUGCUCUCCAGUACUUGGAAUCUGUGGACUAUGAGGGUGUGGCUUGGAGGGCCGGACUCAGGACGGGAGACUUCCUUAUUGAGGUGAAUGGAGUGAACGUGGUGAAGGUUGGACACAAGCAGGUGGUGGCCUUGAUCCGCCAGGGUGGGAACCGACUGCUCAUGAAGGUCGUGUCAGUGACAAGGAAGCCGGAGGAAGAGGGGGCACGGCGGAGAGCCCCUCCGCCCCCCAAGAGGGCGCCCAGUACCACAUUGACUCUGCGCUCCAAGUCCAUGACUGCUGAGCUGGAGGAGCUGGCCUCAAUUCGGAGGAGGAAAGGGGAAGAGAAAAGAGAAAGCCACGCCUUCCUGGGGCGCCUUGCGGCCGAGAGCACCAAAGCCCCCACGCCAGCUUACCCCCAGUCUGCCCGAGAGAAGCUGGAUGAGAUCCUGGCGGCUGCUGCAGAGCCCACACUGAGACCGGACAUCGCGGAUGCUGACUCCAGAGCAGCCACUGUCAAGCAACGGCCCACAAGCCGGCGCAUCACUCCAGCCGAGAUCAGUUCUUUGUUUGAACGCCAGGGCCUUCCUGGCUCUGAGAAGCUUCCUGGAUCCCUUCGAAAGGGCAUCCCACGGACCAAGUCUGUAGGGGAAGAUGAGAAGCUGGCCUCUCUCCUGGAAGGGAAGUUCCCGAGGAGCUCGUCUAUGCAGGAUGCUGCUGUCCGUGAGGGCCAUGGGAUCCCGCCCCCACCCCAGACCGCCCCACCCCCCCCACCCUCCCCGUACUACUUCGACACAGGACCACCUCCCUCCUUUUCACCGCCACCCCCGCCAGGCCGUGCCUACGACACCGUGAGAUCCAGCUUCAAACCAGGGCUGGAGGCCCGGCUGGGAGGGGCGGGACCCCCUGGGCUCUACGCCCCUGGCCUAGGCGCUCACGGGCCUCUCCCUUACCCGGAGCGCCAGAAGCGGGCUCGGUCCAUGAUCAUCUUGCAGGACUCACCCCACGAACCAGCUGUGGCCGAAAGCAGCCGGCCCCCUCCCGCAGCCACGCCCCCUGAGCGCCUGAGGCGGAAGGCGCGAGUGCCCGGCAGUCAAGACAGCCCUUACGCCAACCUGGGCGCCUUCAGUGCCAGUCUCUUUGCCCCCUCCAAGCCCCAGCGCAGGAAAAGCCCCUUGGUGAAGCAGCUGCAGGUGGAGGAAGCGCAAGACCGGGCCGCCCUGGCGGUGGGGGGCAGCGGCGGCAGUUUUACCCGGGAGCCCUCGCCCACUCGGCGGGGACACCGGCUCGGGGGACUCGACUACCCCCCCGGGGAACCGCCCGGACUCCCCUUUACCGGGGCCGGCCCUGGCAAGGAACGAGACCGUCGGCUGGAUGAGAGGCGCCGCUCCACCGUCUUCCUUUCCGUGGGGGCCAUCGAGGGCAGCUCCCCCAGCGCCGAGAUGCCAUCCCUGCAGCCUUCCCGAUCCAUCGACGAGCGCCUCCUGGGCAGUGGCCGCGACCUGCUCUUACCCUCGCCCGUCUCCGCUCUCAAGCCGCUGGUCAGCAGCCCCAGCCCCUCCCCUGUGGGCUCCACCUUCAUCCAUCCGCUCACCGGCAAGCCCCUGGACCCCAGCUCGCCCCUCGCCCUCGCCUUGGCUGCCCGGGAGCGGGCCCUGGCUUCGCAGGUGCCCUCGAGGUCCCCAACCCCCGUUCACAGCCCAGACUCGGACCGGCCAGCUCCUCUCUUUGUGGACAUCCAGAGCAGAGAGCCAGAGCGCAGCAGCCUGGCUUCCCCCACCCCAGCCUUUUCCCCCCGGGGCCCCGCGUGGGGCCCCCUCCCCGCCCGCCGAGAGGUUGAGAAGUCCCCACGAGAGGAGAGGAAGACACCCGAUGACAAGAAGUCCAUGAUCCUCAGCGUCCUGGACACUUCGCUACAGCGUCCGGCUGGCCUCAUCGUGGUCCACGCCACGGGCAACGGGCAGGGCCCCGGGGAGCUGGAGGCAGAAGAGAGCACGCCGGCCGCCCCGGAGCUGAGCCAGGCCCCUCCUCCGGCCGCCGCCGCCGCCGCGGUGUCCGCCCCUGGGGCCCUGCCCAGCCCCCGGGCCCAGCCCCCCGGCAGCCCCCCCGCCGCCGACCCGGUGCUGGGCCAGGGCAGCUCGGAGGAAGAGCCCGACGUGGUGUUUGCCGUGACCCUGCCCCCAGCCCAGCUGUCAUCCAGCGACGAGGAGACCAGGGAAGAGCUGGCCCGGAUCGGGCUGGUGCCGCCCCCGGAGGAGUUCGCCAACGGCCUCCUGGUGACCACGCCGCCCCCGGGCCCCGGGCCGGCCCCUUCCCCCGCGGCCUCGCCCAGCCCAGCCUCAGGGAAGCCCAGCAGUGACGCGCCCCCUGCCCCGGAGUCCGCCGCGGAUUCGGGUGUGGAGGAGGCGGACACGCGCAGCUCCAGCGACCCCCACCUGGAGACCACGAGCACCAUCUCCACCGUGUCCAGCAUGUCCACGCUGAGCUCCGAGAGCGGCGAGCCCACGGACACGCACACCUCCUUCGCUGACGGACACACUUUUGUACUCGAGAAGCCGCCUGUGCCUCCGAAACCCAAACUCAAGUCCCCGCUCGGCAAGGGGCCCGUGACCUUCAGGGACCCCCUGCUCAAGCAGUCCUCGGACAGCGAGCUCAUCGCCGCCGCCGCUGCCGCCGCCGCCGCCUCCGCCGGGCUGGCCUCCGGAGCUGGGCCUGCCCGCCCUCGCUACCUCUUCCAGAGAAGGUCUAAGCUGUGGGGGGACCCGGUGGAGAGCCGGGGGCUCCCAGGCCCCGAAGACGACAAACCGACUGUGAUCACCGAGCUGAGCUCCCGACUGCAGCAGCUCAACAAAGACACCCGCUCCCUAGGGGAGGAGCCUGUGGGAGGCCUGGGGGGCCUGCUUGACCCCCUCAAGAAAUCGCCUGCUGUGGCUGCACGGCUCUUCAGCAGCCUCGGCGAGCUGAGCUCCAUCUCGCAGCAGCCGUCACCGCAGCCCCAGCAGCAGCAGCGCAGCGGCGUGGGGCCCCCGGGGCCCGGGGCCUCGUACACCGUCCGGCCCGGCAGCCGCUACCCCGUGGCCCGCCGGACGCCGAGCCCCGUGAAGCCGGCGUCGCUGGAGCGCGUCGAGGGGCUAGGCACAGGUCCCGGGGGCGGCGUGGGGCGACCCUUCGGCCUCACUCCACCAACCAUCCUCAAGUCGUCCAGCCUCUCCAUCCCCCACGAGCCCAAAGAGGUGCGCUUCGUGGUGCGCAGCGUCAGCGCGCGGAGCCGCUCGCCAUCUCCUUCGCCCACGCCGGCCCCCGGUCCCCCAGGGCCUGGGCCCGGGCCCGGGCCGGGUCUGGGUGCCGCCCCAGGCCCCGCCCGUCCCUUCCAGCAGAAGCCACUGCAGCUCUGGACCAAGUUCGACGUAGGCGACUGGCUGGACAGCAUCCACCUGGGGGAGCAUCGGGACCGCUUCGAGGACCACGAGAUCGAGGGCGCUCAUCUGCCCGCGCUCACCAAGGACGACUUCGUGGAGCUGGGCGUGACGCGCGUGGGCCAUCGAAUGAACAUCGAGCGCGCCCUCAAGGCGCUGGCGGACAGCUGACCUAACGCCCCCGGCCCCGCCCACCCCGCCGGGCGCCCUGCGGGCAGGGCCCCCGCCCGCCCCGCGCCGUGGGCCUACCCCUCCGCGUGACGCGAGCUGGGUCCCGCCCCUGCGGGGGCGCGUGGGCCGGCCUCUCCGCGGACAGGCCCACCUCGUCCCCGCCGCGCUACUCCACCAGACGUCGGUCAGGCCCCGCCCCUCCUCUCUUUCCCCGGACCUCCUCCCCCACGCCCACCCGCCUCUUCUCCCCAGUUCCCACCCCAAUAUCCCCCAAGCCCGCGUCGCGGCCCCGGGGCCGGAAUGUUGCAUGAAUCGUCCUGUUUGCUGUUGCUCGGAGAGUCGCCCUGUACAUUGCUUAUCGCCCCCGUCCCCCUGCCCUGCCCCCCCUCUCCCAGCACGUGGUCCUGAAAGGCGGGGCGGGGCGGCCCGGCAUGCGGGGGCCGGGCGGGGCUGAGCAGGCCCCCCUCCCCCCGGGUUUGCAUAUUUUUAAUCUGCUCUAUAUUUGGAAGGAGAAAAGGAACAAGCGUCUCUGUCCCGCACCCACCCCCGGCCCGGCCCAGCCCGGUUCGGCCCAGCGCAGCCCAGUUCAGCUCUACUCAGCUUAGCCGCGUCGGGCCGAUCAGGGUCCGCCGGAACCGGGUGCGCCAGGCCCGCGGCCGCCACGUCUUCCACCUCCCAGCGCCUUGCGGGGCCCGGCCUCACUGCCACCCGCCCCCGCGGCCCCGGCCCGGCCCGGCCCGGCGCGGAGGAGGGGGGGCCGGGUCCGCUCCAGCUGGUCUGGGCUCCGCCAUCGCCCCCCCGCCCCCCCGCUGAGCUGGUCCCGGCGCGCCGCCCCCCCACCCCCAAACCCCCUUCAGGUGCUGCAGGAAAGGACGAGUGAGGCCUCGCGCCCUCCGAUCCUGCUCAGCCCCCAGCACACUAGGGGCCGCGGCUGGCUUGGGAGACAAUAGCCAAUAAGGGGGGCAGCGAGGACCCCCACCCUCCCCCGGCCCCCCCUCCUCCCCCAUGGGGUCCCCACUCCAAGUCCCGCCUCUCAGUCUCGUUUCACUGUUUCUGCCCCUGUCCCCCUCCCAGGGUCUCUCCGGAUUCAGCAGUCGCCAGAGGAAGGGGUCUUCCCCGUCCCCCAGUGCAGCUGCCAGUGUCUCGGAUCCCCAAAGAGGCCCUCUCCACCCUCCCCGAUCCCACCCCUGCCUCGGUGAGACUGUGUGUGAUGCCGCGAGGCUGUGCGCAAGUGUGCCGUGGGGGGCUCGGCGUGCGUGGGGGGCUCAGCGUGCGUGGGCUUUCAGUAGGCGAUCAGGGCUGAGCCUGGCCACUGUGCCUCUCAUCGGUGGGUUAGACUUGCGCGAGAUUGUCCGGGAACCAUUAAGGCUGUGAAAGCAUGAGUGCGUGCGUGUGCGAGAAUGUACCUGUGUGAGAGACCAGCAAGCUGUCUGAGCUGGGAGCGUGUGCCGGCGGGAACUGGGCUGGACUACGGGGGUUGUGCUACUGACCGGCUGGGCCCGGCCCACCGGCUCUAUUGACUGACUGCACGAGUGUCCACGAGUGUGAGUGUGUGCGCACAGGCUUGGGCCCCCUCGCCAAGGCCUGCCGGCUUCCCCCAAAGCUCGAGGAGGAAUCUGGGGGCGGGGAGGAGGGAUGGUUUGGGUGACUGGAUUCAUCUUCCUCUGUUGGGGAGGCCCAGCCCGUGGAGCUCUUGCACCACGGGAGGGGGUCUACUAGUGACCCCUCCCUUCGGAGCAACCCUCCUAUCAGCUCCUAGCAGGGAGAGGAGGCGGCUCCACUGGGCCCUAGGUCGGGGGCGAGGGAAACCUCGGAGCCAGGCGCCCCCAGCCUUUUGCCUCGGCUCAGGGGAGGGUGCUGGGAAUCUCGGGGGCUGUUUUCAUCUUGAGAUGCCCCUCCCCUCUCCUCUCUGCCCCUUCCUAUCUCCCCUCCUCCAUGGCCCCUUUACUGUGACUUCUAAUGCUCAGCAAUGACCUUUGGGGUCUGUGGGGUGGGGGGGCGCCCUCUUGGACCUGUUUUUAAAUCUGGGGGUUGGGGUCUGGACUAAGCUCCGUCCAUGUCACUCACAAGGUUCUGUUUGUAUUUCUAACUUUUUUUUUUUAAUAAAAAUAGAAAAUUUCACACCCUGGCGGCCUGGCACGCAGGUCUGUGCUGAGGUUGUUCUGGGUGUUUACACACAUACACAUACACACUGGUCUGCCCUCCACUCAUCCCACACGCCCUCCACUCUCACCAGCUCUCCCCGCACACUGUUCUGCCCUCCAUUCACCCCACCCCACAGUGAUACAGCCACAAACAGUUACAAUCAUAGAACCCCGCAGUAAUAUAACCCAGUGCCACAUUAAGGCACAUAGCCUCCUGCCCACGGAGUCGCAAAAAUCUUAGAGUCUCACAGGGUCUCUCACUCACAGUCUCACCCAGUCUCUGUCCCCUCCAUCCAGUCUCACACACAUACACACACCUACACAUGCACAUGCACACACAUACAUACACACAUACACACACACCUGUGGGUUUUUGGUUCCAUUCCGUUUUGGGUUUUUAACUUGACAGGGUCAGUUCAGUUUCACCCCCGUCUUUUGUAUGGAGUUCAGUGGGGAGAUUUCUCCUCCCCUCUCCAGCCCCGGGGCCUCCUGACCCUGCCGUUGUGAUACACCCCACAGAGAUCUAUGUUUCUUAUAUUAUUAUUAAUUAUUAUAUUAUUAUUAUGUAAUAAAUUUAUAAGAAACGAA